ACGACAUUUACGAUUGUAAAUCGAUUGAGGUAAUGAGGUUAUGUGAUUCUGUGGUUAAAUGUAUAUUUACUAGAAAAAGAGCAUAAAACUUAUUAAAACAAUAAAUAUAGCUAAAACGAUGAACUUCAAACAUUUUAUCCUAAAACGACCCUGUCCAUUAUUCACACAAAUCGCUGAAGCCCACCGAAAACCGAGAUGGUUACCUGUUGCGAAGAGCAAGAUUUAUCGCAUACCAAAACGCCCUGUAAUCACCGAGGAAGAGCGUUUGGAACUGUUACGUAUAAACAACAAUUAUAAAACACAAAUGCGUGCAAUAAGGCGUUUUUACCACGAGGAAAUGAUAAAGGAAAAGUCCUCACUUGAGAGUGCAAGUUCCGAGAUGUCACAACGGUUGGAAGCCGACGACUGGGAAAAGUGUGUUCAGUUAAACGAACAAUGGAACAUUCAGGUUGCUGCAGAGAGAGAAGAGAGGAGAAAGGCAGAGUUAGCAGCUAUGGAGGAGUAUGCUUUGAGGAGAAUGGAAGCCAAAGACACUGAAUUGAGGGAUAGAAUUGCAAAAGCAUCAGAGAAGAUUAAGGAGCAAAAGGAACUAAGUUCAACAUUCAUAACACCAGAGACUCUAGAAGCGGCCAUAGAUCACGCGUUAGCCAAUCCAGUGGAUUACAACUACGCCAUAGACCUACGCGGCAAUCGCUUCACGGGAAGAGACACACCUGUUAAAUAUGAGAAGAAUACUGAAAAGGCUAGCGUUUAGUGAUCAUGUGUUAACUGUUAGUUUAUAAAUUGUUUAGGAAAUAAAUUGUAUAUUAUAUUAUG